AUGUUGAUAAACUUGCUUGGACAAGUACGAAAAGUAUAAAUACUUUGCUUAUAGAUUAUGUCGAGCAAAAGUGAUGUGGGCAAACUGAUUUCAUAUAUCACCAUUAGAGCGACUCAAAAUAAAAAGUAUAGUGAGUGUUUUAUACUUUAUUAGUCUCUCAGAAAUUUGGACAAGAGCCAGAUCCUUUGGUGAAGAAAGUAGGCAUACCAUAGUCAAAACUUGUAACAACACCAAAAAUAUGUAUUAAUAUUGUUGGGAUUUUAAAAGUUUGUUAAAGGGAUCUUUAUUGGUUGUGUGUCACAGUCUUCUUCAAAUCAACUUUUAAAUUAACCAGUAUUAUGAAGACUUUUAUCGAAAUAGGUAGAACAAACAGUAUUUCUUUUGUGUCUAACUAAUCCUUUGGCAUCAUGGCAAUUUUAUUGCUAAAUCAAUAUCGACAUAGCAGAAUUAAUCUGAAAUAGAUCUGAUCACAAAAAGUUGA